AUGAUUUAUUAGAAAAAAAGCUUUCAAAAACUAAAUGAUGUAAAUAAAUUAUUUUUUAUUAAUUAAUAAUUUAUUAAUAAGUUUUAUUAUAAAAAAAAGUUACUAAUUUCUUCUAAAUUGCUUAUAAAUAAUAUUUUUAAUCUUUUUUUCAAAAAGAAGCAAAAGAUAUUUAAAAAUAUUAAGGAUGUAAUUUUAUUGUUUUUAUUUUUAUUAUUGCUCUUUAUUUAUUCAUUAUCAAAAUUAAAAAAGUUUGAGAAAUCUUCUCUAUUAAGUCAUACAAAUCUUAUUAUUGAUCUAGAUUAUAAAAAUAAGAUUAAAAUAGAUUAAAAAAAUUUAUUAUAGUUAUGUACAGCUAUGGAAAAAUGCUUAAAUGUGAUUAAUUUGUCACUCGAUCUUGGACUUAAAAAAAUAGGUUCAUAGGGAGUAAAAUCUUUAAGUUAUUCUUUGGAAAAACUGAUAAAUCUUUAAACUUUAAAACUUAAUAUUAGCUAUAAUUAAGUUGAAUCAGAAGGAAUAUCCUAUUUAGGCUCUGUUUUAUAAACCUUUAAAAAUCUUUAAAAUUUAAUGCUGAAACUCACAAAUAACGAAAUCGGCGAUAAAGGGCUUUCUGAUUUAAGUUCUUCUUUAUCAAAAUGCACAAAUUUAUUAUCUUUGGAACUUUAUCUUGACUUAAAUUUAGAACUAUCUGAUGAAGGAGUAUCAGAUUUAGGUUUGUGUUUAGCGAAAUGUAUAAAUCUUUAAGUUUUAGUUCUCAGCCUUAAUUAAUGCUCUAUUCGUGCAAAGGCUUGUUCUGUUUUAGCUUCUGGUUUUGCAUAGUGUACAAAACUACAAAACUUGGAACUUUUUCUAGGAGCUAUCUGUUAUUAAGAUGUAUCAUAUUUAACUUCUUCUUUAGCUAGAUGUCAUAAACUCUCAAAAUUAACACUCAAGCUUUAAGGCAAUGCGCUUAGAGAUUAGGAUUCAUUAAGCAUAGGCUCUUGUUUGGCGAACCUUAUCAAUCUUAAAUUCUUGAAACUUAUUCUUUUUGACAACAAAAUUGGAAAUUAAGGUGCAUUAGGUUUAUGUUUUGCUUUAUCAUAAACCUCUAACGUUUACACUUUGGAAAUUAGUCUUUCAGAUUAGCUUCUGCUGUCAUCACCUUAAAUCCUUGACUUGAUUAAGCUCGCAACCUUUCUUUUCUUAUUUAUUCAUAACUACUGUUAAAUAAAUCUGAUUUGA